GUGUCAACUGUCAAAUAAUCAAAACAAUACAAAAAUUACAAAAGGAGUGCGCGGGUCGGUUUUUGUUUGUGUUGAAUUGUUUAAUGUGGCGUAAGACAUUAAUAUUAGUACAUUGAAAUUACAUAAACUUUGUUUUGAGACAGAUUAAGAUCCAAAAUGGCAGACGACGAUACUCCAUCAGAUAGCAGCCUCCUUGUUAUAAUAGUAGACACCAAUCCCAACCAGCGCUACAUAACCGAGGAUCCUAAGAUAUUAACAAAUUGCCUGGAUGCCGUCAUCGGGUUUGCUAACUCACACCUCAUGCAGAAGGCUAGGAAUGAACUGGCUGUUAUAGGCUGCCAUUUUCAUAAGAGUGAAUACUUAUACCCGUCACCUGGUAAACCAUUGGAUGUAAGACAAAUUGAUGGCCAGUAUGAAUUGUUCGCAUUAGUAGAGAAAACAAUUAAAAUGAGGUUAGUAAACUUAGUGAAGAGCCAGCCACAAGAAGAUAAACCAGGAGAGUCAUUGCUGGCUGGUGCUGUUGCUAUGGCUCUCUGUUUUAUUGCCAAAAUCCGCCGGGAAUGUCCUCCAGGUCUCCGUAUGACGAGCCGCAUUCUGAUAGUUACUGGCAGCAGUGACACCGCAGCACAAUACAUAAACUAUAUGAAUGUUUUCUUUACUGCACAGAAACAGCAAGUGUUGAUCGACGUGUGUUCCCUGGACAAGCACCUGAGCCUGCUGCAGCAAGGCUGUGACAUCACAGGUGGCCUGUACCUCAAGGUGCCCACACUGGAUGGGCUGCUGCAGUACUUACUGUGGGUGUUCCUGCCGGAGAGCAGCGAGCGCGGCAAGCUGGUCCUGCCGGGCCGCGGCCGCGUGGACUACCGCGCCGCCUGCUUCUGCCACAGGGAGCUGCUCACUAUCGGAUAUGUGUGCUCAGUGUGUCUUAGCGUGUUCUGUAAAUUCAGCCCAAUAUGCACGACAUGCCAUACGGUGUUCAAGAUCGGCGGUCCUCUGCCAAUUAAGCCCAAAAAGAAGAAGAUGAAGAUAUAAUUAUCGAUCUCCACUUGUAACUGUAAAUAUAUACUUUAAGAUAUUCCUA